UUUUUUCUACACUCUCAGUCUGACCAUCACGACCUCGUCAAUCGUUAUUGCCUGAAAUCUCACCAUCACACCGGAUAGAAAAUCCCACCAGAUCAGCCCAAGAGCCUUUCUAGAGCAAUGCCGCCCACGGCAGUCGAUAUUACACCAACCACCUCGACAUUCAUCGAUACACGAACGACCUCCUCCACUGUGAAAGGCCGUGCUCUAGUGAUCGGGUCGUUGUCAACAGCGCAGGAUGGGAAAUAUCAGUCGAUGAUAAACGAACUGGAAGGCAGCCGUACGGUGGAAAGACAGAUGUUAGAUCGGCUUGUCGAUGGAGCGACCUCCCUCACUCCUUCAACGUAUAAUUCUGUACAUGUUACUCUCGCCGAGUCUGAGUACAAGGACCUCCUUCCAAAUCUCUCCAAUCUCCUUGCAGAACUCGUGAAAGGCAUGACACCUCUUGGGUCGCUUCAUUUGUUCGGUAUCAGCCCUGAACUAAAGAACGCCAGCCCAAGUGUCAUCAGUGAACUUACCCUGUCCGGGUUCACGAUACUCACAGAAACUGACACGACAAUUAUUGCGCAGAAACCUUCUCAAGUUUUAGCUCCACUAAGUUUGAAGCGCAAGUCCAGACCCAACACCGAUCUCGCCGCAAAGAAGGCCUUAUGGACACUUUCUUCCACACCUUCCACACCGACAAUAGAUGCCGACUCACUCCUCACGGCUUCCGAUAAAAAACGUCCUGUACCCACGUGCGAACCUGUGAAUCCCGCCGCAUCGCGACGGAAGAGAGCUUGCAAAGGUUGUACGUGUGGAUUGGCAGAGUUGGAGGAGGAGGAAGCGAGGACCGGGCUAAGGAAGGUUGUCCUGUUAGACGGUUCAGAGGGUGGUGGAACAACUGAGGUAAAACAGAGUGAGAAAGAGAGACUAAUCACUGCUGCGAAAGCUGCACCUAAGGCAACUAGCAGCUGUGGUAGCUGCUUUUUGGGUGAUGCUUUCAGAUGUGCUAGUUGUCCGUACCUGGGGCUGCCUGCUUUCAAGCCCGGAGAGAAGGUAGAAAUUGAUUUCGGAAUGGAUGACAUUUAAGCGCCCAUUCCUCGUCCAUCCAUCUCAAGGGGAUUCUACGUUGGACGAUAUCAUACAUGCCGAUAGUUAUCAUUCGGCCCGUUAUUUAAUAUGGUUGUAACAUUUAGAGAAUUUCGGCCAAUAAGCAAAUUCGUCGCAACCUUUCCGGUACCAGUACACAAAUACUAA